UCCUGCAGGCGCUGGAGCUGGGGUGGCCACAACCUGCCUCGGGCCUCGGCCGCCGGUGCUGUGGCAAAUACAUCGCGCCUCGGCUGAAGCAGCAUGUGCUCGGCAUCGGUGUAGAGAAACGGGUGGAGAAAGCCUGCUGCACGCCCUCAGCAGCUACCCAGGCCUAAAAAAAUGCGGCCAGACCAUAGUCUCUUAAUUUGGGUGGUCCCUGAGGUGAUUGGCCAUGCUGUUGUAACUGUGUUAAUGCUUAUUUCAUUGCACUGGUUCAUCUUUCUCCUUAAUUUGCCAGUAGCAACAUGGAAUAUAUAUAGGUACAUUAUGGUGCCAAGUGGAAACAUGGGGGUAUUUGAUCCCACAGAGAUCCAUAACCGAGGACAACUGAAAUCACACAUGAAGGAAGCCAUGAUUAAACUAGGCUUUCAUCUGCUCUGCUUCUUCAUGUACCUUUACAGUAUGAUUCUGGCUUUGAUAAAUGAUUGAGAAGUUGAAAAAGAACCAUUAGCUGCCAAAUUGGGUCAUCACUCCAGUGACUGGUUGUGGAGCCACAGACACCUUCCGAACAUACCUAGAUCAGUGUCGUCAUGCAGUAUAUUUUUCCUCUUUGAACAAGAAAUAUUUUUCUGUAUUUUUAACAUAAAAUAUUUUCAAAAGACAUUGGAUUUGUGUAGCAGUUGUUUUUGUUCCUUUACAACCUGAACUGCUGCUUCUGUAAGGUGAAAUCCUUGCUUCCAGAACUGAUCUCUGUAGGAAUUAAAUGGUGAGAAGGGAAACUCAUUUCACCAGCAUGGGCUGAUAAUAGUGGUAGUUCCAGAACAAAUUUAAGUGCAGCUCUGAUGUCUGCUUCUUACUGAACGGUGUCAGCUGUCUUGUUAGAGCCUAGUUGAAAGCAGCGCUUGGAAGGUAGAUUUCAAAGUGGAACAGUAGCACAGCUUGCAUCUUUGUGUCCGUGUUUUUUCCAGCUAAAAGGCAAUGGAAUAAAAGUUACACUUUUCUCCCUUCCCACCCCUCCCUCCAACAACCUAUAUGAAGUCUUGUAUUUGGAUGAAUUAAGGUCCCUUUGGUGAAGGUGACGCUUGUGUGUAAGAGUGAAAAAUAGAUAAAUAAGAAACACGAUUAAUACUUGUUUUUUCCCUUCAACUCCUAUUUUGUCAUUGAAAUACAUCAGAGACUGCCAUACAAAGUAAACAUCACAUGGCACCGGGGUCAGAGUUGGUUACAGAGCAAAAGACUAUCAGCAGUCACUACUCCAUGAACCUAGUGAAUUAAGAGUAUGUCCAGCUCGGGGAGGUGGUCUGGUAAACCAUAACCCGGUUAUCCCAAUUCUGAUGUGACUCUGCUUCAAAGAC